AGUACCAUCCCUUGUAUUAAUUGGUUCUGCUCUCUGAUCAGUGUGUGAAAAUGGAGUGCAACACCAAACUAAAGCAGCCACUAUUAGCCGCCGCUGUCGCCGGAGACGACAUUGGUCCGGUCAUCGGAGUUGAUGGAUUCAUAAGGGCUUUCAAACUGGAGUCGAAAAAGCUUUGGUCUUUGGCGGGGCCCGCCAUUUUCACCUCCGUUUGCCAGUACUCUCUUAACGCCGUCACACAGACAUUCGCCGGCCACAUCGGCACAUUUGAGCUCGCCGCUUUCUCCGUCGAGAAUUCCGUCAUCAGCGGUUUAUGUUACGGCAUCAUGUGGGGGAUGGGAAGCGCGUUGGAAACACUGUGCGGGCAGGCGUACGGCGCCGGCCAGAUCGAAAUGCUCGGCGUCUACAUGCAGAGAUCGUGGGUCGUACUCCUCGCCACCAGUUCUCUCCUGACGCUCCUCUACGUCUUCGCGGGUCCCGCUCUGCUCCUCCUCCGGCAGAACGAGGACAUCUCACGCGCCGCCGCGCGCUACUCCCUGUGGAUGAUCCCUCAGCUCUACGCCUACGCCCUGAACUUCCCGAUCAGCAAGUUCCUGCAGGCGCAGAGCAGGAUGGCGGCGAUGGCUUGGAUCUCCGCCGCCGCGCUGGCACUGCACGUGUUCUUCAGCUGGCUGCUGAUGUUCAGGCUCCGGUGGGGGAUGGCCGGCGGGGCGGCCGUCCUGAAUGGUUCGUGGUGGUUCAUAGUGGUGGCGCAGCUGGUGUACAUAUUCAGCGGGAGGUGCGGGAGGGCUUGGUCGGGGUUUUGUUGGGGUGCUUUCGAGAAUCUUUGGGGUUUUGCUAGGUUAUCCAUGGCGUCUGCAGUCAUGCUUUGCUUAGAGGUGUGGUAUUUUACAGCUUUAAUUCUCUUCGCCGGAUAUCUAAAGAACGCAGAAGUUGCUGUUGAUGCAUUAUCCACACGCAUAAACAUAAAUGGGUGGGCUGUCAUGCUGGCCCUUGGAUUAAAUGCAGCAGUAAGUGUGAGAGUGUCGAAUGAGUUGGGAGCCGAUCAUCCGAGAACAGCGAAAUUUUCGAUGGUGGUUGUGGUUAUAUCCGCGAUAUUUCUAAGCCUUAUAAUUACAACAAUUCUACUGAUAUUCAAUAAGCAAUAUCCGUAUUUAUUUUCGGAGAGUCCGCAAGUAAUCGAAGCUAUAUAUCAGCUCACGCCUUUGCUUGCCUUAGCCCUUUUGGUCAACAACGUUCAACCUGCACUCUCCGGAGUAGCUAUUGGAGCUGGAAGGCAAGCUUUGGUUGCAUAUAUGAAUAUCACAUGCUACUACAUUUUUGGUGUUCCUUUGGGUCUACUUUUGGGCUAUGGUUUUAAAAAGGGUGUACAAGGUAUAUGGCUAGGGAUGAUAACAGGAGCAGUUGUACAAACAUUGUGCCUAUUUUGGAUGGUUUACAAAACUAAUGUGGAAUAAUGAGGUAAUUUAA